UGCACCAGCCACGAAACUAGAAAAUGCCCCUUUUGAGCCAUGAUGUUCCGACCCUGUCAUGGGAGUCCGUAGGCGUGGAUCUGUUUCACUAUGGCGGUCGGGAGUUCGCCGUCAUGGUUGACUUCUAUUCCUUUUUCUUCGAAGUCCGAGAACUUCGCCACACCACGUCUAAUGCGCUCAAGACUUGGUGUGCACAAGUUUUUUCAGUGCAUGGGCUGCCACAGAAGCUGUAUAGUGACAAUGGGCCCCCCUUCAGUAGCUCAGAUUUCAAAGAUUUUUUGAGAAAACUAGACGUUGUGCAUGUCACGUCAAGUCCAUAUCACCCGCGUUCUAAUGGCAUGGCGGAAAGAGCUGUUCAGGAGGCCAAAAAGCUGCUCAAAAAGUGCUCUUUUCGCACACCAGAUUUUGAAAUUGCUCUGCUUGAGUGGCGUAAUACCCCCAGGGACCCAGUUCUGAAGUCUCCUGUGCAGCGGCUCAUGGGGCGGCAGACCCGGACCCUCCUGCCGGUACCAACAAUUCACCUGGAGCCAGAGGCCAUACCCAGCAAGCAGGUCCACGACCGUCUCCAGACGAUCCGGCGCCGGCAAAAGAUCCACUACGACCGCAGCGCCAGGAACCUUUCCCCGCUGACUCCGGGACAACGCGUAACGACGUACGACACUCUCCAGAGAACCUGGGCUCCAGCUAUUGUUCUAAGGCCAGCCGCAACGCCAAGAUCUACGAUUGUGAAGACCGAAGACGGCCAUGAAAUCCGUCGCACAAGAGAACACCUGCGGGAGGCAGCACCUCAACCGGAGCCAGAAUCAACCUCGCAGGGGCCUUCAGAAGACGACCUCCAGCCUGGACAACAGCAGUUACGCAGGAGCACAAGAUUGCGUCGGGAACCCUGUCGAUACCCGUUGCCAGAUGAAACUUCUAGACCUUAUCAUCAUUAAAGGGGAGAUGUGGCCAUAUCACACUGUCAUUCUGAUAGCGCCCAGACUGUUAACAUGUGACGCCUACGUCACCCCUUUCCAAGUGUACUUAUAUCGCUCCCUCCCAUGAAUAAACGCUUUUCGUUACCGGA